GCCAUAAAUAGCACGGUUGUCAUUGAAAAGACCCAUUGUACAGUUUUCAAAUAUUGUAUUUAUUUGAUUACUGGAUCCAUAAAACAAGUUCCCCGUAACGCCCUUCACCUUUGAACUAGUAAUUCAAUACAGAACUAUUAUUGUGUACAAGGGCUUGUUGAAUCGGCAAGCUGUGGUACAACACCAGAAACGGUUUGUUUAUUUGACGUAAAAAACUAUGUAAAAUGUCCGACGAAAUGACCAGUAACACAGAUCAAUCUUCAGACAAAGGUCACCAGGAAAAGCUAAACUGUGAUGUUGUGACUGUAGUCAUGGAAACAGGGAACGAUCGUAAGAAGCAAAGUGUCGUGAACUCGUUGACUAUUCCUUCAUAUAUCUUGUCAACCGCCGACCAAGGAAUAAGUGAGGAGACGGUAAUUCGAGUUGGUGUGGAUGACGACAGCCCAACCACCAAAGUAAAAAAGCAACGUAGAAAUAAAGACCAUUGUGACCUUCGGAGGUCUUUUACGACGAACGAAAUCCAUAGUUUGGAGACAAAUAAUACGACAGAAUGCUCUAAGCAGCAACUUCAGAAGAAGGAUUACCUAUGUCUUCCACCGGUUUACACCCCUGCCGGUCACGACCAGUUCCGAAGACAUUCUAUGGAGAUACCCAGUGAACAGGUACCUUUGAAGAAAGGUCAACGAAAAAGGUCAUGUCCGGAAACAGAAUUUUACCGGCUAGACUGCCUUAGUCGUAGUUCUUUAAGAUCUAACGCGAGCGGUCACAGUCGGAGGUCAUCAAGCGCUAGUAACCGCCGUCGACGUCACUCGCGGACACCAAGAGGAUCCAUUACAACACCUUCUCGCAAAUCCUCACGAGCAUCACGAGGUUCCGUGACUACUAAUGAAGCGUCCCGUCGAUCCUCCAAAGCCUCGCGUGAAUCAGAUGCAACUUAUCAAAAUCCAUCUCGCCGUUCUUCUCGAGCUUCUCGGGAUUCUAACAGUUUCAUGGACGUUUCUAGGCGUCCAUCACAAUCUCCGAGGGGAUCGGUGGGAAGUGGAUCGUCUUCACGACAACACAUUCGGACUCCAAGGCGAUCCCUGGACGAACAGGAAGUCAAAGAAGAUGAAAAUGAACCUGAGUCUCGACGUCGGAGAAUAAUUAUCGGCAUCAUCUGUUCAGUAUUCUUCUUCAUACUUAUUACAAGUAUUGUCCUGGUGGCGGCCACCCUUAAUUUAUCAACUCGGAUUGACCAGUUAG